AUGUCUCGAAAUUUACUUAGUAUUCUUGCUAUCAACAAUAUUCCAUUAAGUAGUCUUCAUAAUACUGACGAAGAGGAUCUCUGGAGUGAAACUUCUGGAGAUACUGUUGAUUCUUGGGCUUCAAAUAACAGUAAAACAAAUGAAGAUAAAGCUUUCGAAGAAACAAUAUCUUGGGAAGACGAAGUUUUACAAAGUGUUGAUGAUUUAGAAGAAAAGAGAACCAGCAUUCGGGAAAAUGCGUUGGCGAAAUUAAUUCGUCUUCUCUCUCGUAAAUUUUCUGCCUAUCUCCUUGAAUCUAGACGACAAUCAUUGCUUGAUCUCUUAAUCCGUUCAAUAAAAAAAGAUAAAAACUAUAAAGAAAAUGUUUUGGCUGCCAAAGUUUUGGCAUUACUCUUUAUUACUUUUGGUGAAGGACAUGAAGAAAUGUUUCAAGAAGUCGUAUCAAUAUUAAAAUAUAUUAUUAUAAAUACUGCGUCUCCCGAAGUUAAGAGUGUGUGCAUUAAAACUCUUGGAUUGAGUUGUUUUAUAGCCGGAUCCAAAUAUGAAGCUAUUGAUCUUCUUAACUUCCUUUCUGAUAUUAUAAGAACUUCGGGUGCAAGUGUAAAUGCAUAUGACAAUGCUGGCACAAUUACUAGUGCACUUAACACUUAUGGUUUAAUUUUUUCCGAAUUAUGGAGUAAUAGUCAAAAGGGAGGGACACAGAAAGCGAAGGAGGAAUUUGAGCGUGUUAUGCCUGAUCAUACUAAACAACUUGAAUCUUCUACUAUGGAAGUUAGAGUAGCUAGUGGUGAAAAUAUAGCUUUAAUGUUUGAAACUUUGGGAAUUGGGCGAAGAAUUGAUUCAGAAAGAUGGGGAAAUGAAGAUAAUUCAGACGAAGAAGGUGAUACUGAUUAUGAUGGUAUGGAACAAUUGACAAAUAUGUUGAGCACUUUGGCUACUGAUAGCAAUCGUUAUCGAGCAAAGGCUGAUCGUAAAAUUCAAAGAUCUGUAUUUAGAGAUGUUUUGAGAACUGUCGAGGAUGGUGAUCAUAUAAAAGAAAAACUCAAGUUUAAAAACCAAACAGUUUAUUUCACCACUUGGGCAAAAAUUAUACAAUUGAGAUCCUUCCGCGAAAUAUUAACUGAAGGAUUAAAAGUACAUUUCGAAGAAAACACUUUACUUCAAGAGAUUUUUGAAUUUGUGCCCCCUCCCCCACUAGAACCUCCACGAAGUAGACCAGAUUCAGCAUUGAGCUUUAACACCGCUGGAUCUGAUACGGAUACUUCAAUAUCAAAAAGGAAAUUAAAGAAUAAUAAUAAACGGGCAAAGGUUAGAAAAGGAAGUAAGCAGAAAGGGGAUAUUGGUUAG